AUUAUCAACAGUUUUUCUAGGGUACCGGAGCCUCUGCGAUUGCAAUAAAAAGAGAAGAAGUGGAAGAACUAGCAGAUGGCACCAACUUUUCAGAAAAGGAAAUUAAAUACCUUUACAAGCGUUUCAUGGUCUUGGAUCCAAGUUGCACAUCUGGGGCUUUCAUUGAUGAUGUUCUUCAUUUGCCUGAAUUUGCCUUCAAUCCAGUAGCAGCUGGUCUUGUUCCUCUUUAUGCCACGUGGGACGAAGAGAAUCCAAAUGACAGAGAUAAGGCUCGUUUGCAUCUAAAUCAGUUUAUACAGUUGAUGUUUUUACUCCAUCCAAAUACACCAGACAAAGAAAAGCUGCGAAAGCUGUUUCUUGUGUUUGAUGGAGAUGGAGAUGGUAAACUAUGUGAUGCAGACCUUUUCCAGGCGUUGAAGAUGUUUGUGGGAAAUCAACAAACAGAUGAACAAAUCAGAGAGCUUGUAGAUGGUUUGCUUUACAAGGACGGAGAGAAGCGGCCUUAUUUACCUGUACAUGAAUUUAUCCGGUUUAUACCUCGAAACGAACUGCGAGAGAAACUCACGGUGGAUCUUCCAAACUGAAAUCUCAAGACCACAAUAGCCUGCUUGUUGAGCGUAUAUUUAGUAUGCGGAACUACAACUACAACAUUUCUACACGUUAGUCUC